AUGUUGGAUCCUCGACAAUUCCUUCUUUUCAUCGAUCCACACAUGGCGACUUUAUUAGCCCGACCUCCACAACUAUCUGGAUUGGGUGGUCUUAUUCUACCAACAGUGAAGCCAUCUCCAUCUUCCAUCACUCCACAUGUUCCAUCUUUUCGCAUUCAAGAUCUUUUGGAAGCGCCUCGUGGACAUGAUGACAUGGCGAAUACGAGUGGAGAAAGUGAUAGCAUCGAGAUUGAGUCUCCACUUGAUCGCAAAGCCACAUGCAGUAGUCCAUUUGGUGGAAGUGAGGGUCGAUCAAGUCCAGUCUCGCGAGAAGGCGGAAGCAAGAAAGCCCGAAAGGCGAGGACGAUCUUCACCGAUAAACAGUUACAAGAGCUUGAGUCGAUGUUCGAAAAGCACAAGUACCUGAACGUCCAAGAUCGAAUGGAGUUGGCUCAAAGGAUGGGGCUGACGGACACCCAAGUCAAGACUUGGUAUCAGAAUAGAAGAACCAAAUGGAAGAGGCAAGCGUCAGUGGGAAUGGACCUGUUGAGUGAGGCAGGGAAUAUGGCUGCUGUUCAACAAUUGAUUCGGAGUAACCCGUACUGGUCCAACUUCGUGCAAUCAUUCCCGGGUGCCGGUCUCAACAUGAUGCUCAUGCAACAAUCGAUGGGUCUCUCCGGUCUUCCCCUUUCCACUUCCACUGAUCUCUCAUCCAUCUCCUCGCCAUCGAUCUCCUCCCCAUCAUUGCCCACCGGAUUCCCCCUGAUCAAUCCCUCAUUUCUAGCUUUAGCUCAAUCACAAACCCCACUUUCUUCCAGUACACCCAUUUUGUCCCAAUCCUCUCCGAAUCUUAAAUCCACUCCAAUCCCAAAUUCUCAUCCAGGCAGUCCAUCUGAGAGUGAUUCUCGACAAGAU